AUGCGGGCUGUCAUCGCCUUGGCCGCGGCGCUGGGCAGCCUGCUGCUGGGCGGCUGCCUCCUGCGCCUGGGCGGCCAGCAGCCCCUCCGCGCCAGGGGCUGGGAGGAGGAGGCAGGAGUAGCGGCUGUCACGCCGAAAGUGGUGCGAGCCCUCAGGUCCCCCCUGACGCCCCUUCCUCAGACCGAGAACAGGUACGGGCUGGCCGCCCCCAGAACAACUCUUAAUAAAAAUGGAAUUUACCAGUUCGAACAGGCUUCAAAAUGUAAGGCAAUUCAGGACAACAUUUUGUCAUCUUCUAUCAAGAAGAAAAGGUACUCAGAAGAUUAUUAUCUUCACAUAGUCACAAAACUGCAGAACUGCACCUGGGUAAAGAAACCAGAAGAAUCUACAAAAUUCAGGUCAGAAUUAGCUUCCUGCUGUGAUGCAGUUCACAAUUUUAUUGCUUCUCAAAACAACAGCCCAUUGGGUAGUAACAUGAGUUACGAAGUGGACAGUAAAAAGACUAUCCUCAUUACAGAGGACAUUUUCAAGAUGCUGCCUGUGUCCUCUCCUCUUUCAGUCUAUCCCUUCAAGAACUGUGCUGUGGUUGGAAAUGGAGGAAUUCUGAAGAAUUCCAGCUGUGGAGCUGAGAUCGAUAGCUCUGACUUUGUGUUCAGGUGUAACCUCCCUCCAACCACAGGAAAUAUUAGCAAAGAUGUUGGCAAUAAAACAAACCUUGUGACUGUUAAUCCGAGUAUCAUAGCUCAGAAAUACAGCAAGCUAAAUGAAAAGAAGACAGAAUUUCUGGAAAACAUUGCGGUCUAUGGAGAUGCUUUUCUUUUACUCCCAGCAUUUUCCUUCAGAAGCAACACAGCCACUUCUUUUAAAGUAUACCACACUCUGAAAGAGUUCAAAGCUACCCAAAGGGCAAUAUUUUUUCACCCCACUUACCUGAAAAGUCUUGCCCAGUUCUGGAGAACUAAGGGCGUGAAAGCCUACCGGUUAUCAUCUGGUUUUAUGAUCACUAGUGCUGCUCUUGAGCUGUGUGAGAAUGUGAAGCUCUAUGGCUUCUGGCCUUUCUCAAAAUCCACAGAGAAGAUGCCAAUCAGCCACCACUAUUACGACAACCAGCUGCCAAAACCGGGUUUCCAUGCAAUGCCCAAAGAAUACAACCAGAUCCUUCAGCUUCAUGGCAAAGGCAUUUUGAAGUUGCAGUUUGGUAAAUGUGAAUCAGACUAA